GGGCAGAGAGAGAGAGAGAGAGAGAGAGAGAGAGAGGUGCGCUGUUUGCACACUGCGCACAGAAUUGGAGAGACGCUGUGCUCGCAUGAACUCGUGAAACUGUAAUAAAAGUAUCAAUCUCAUCACGACAGUAUGGAUCCGAUACCAAUACUCAUCUUGGUACUAUCGAUUUUUAGAUCGAUACGCCCAGCCCUACCAGGAACACGGUGCAGGGCGAGGAGACGGAACAAGGUCGGCACAUGAAGUUAGCAGACAGUUAGCAUGGACUCUACAGGACAAUAUUCCUAACCUGGAUGAAUUCUUUCUAUCCGUGGACGCUUCCGGACUAGAGGAAUAUUAAUAAGCCAGGAAAGGACGGGGACUGGAGGUUUAGGACAGACUCCAGAAUCCAGAGUGAGUCCAGCAGCCCCAGUGGAGAUCUGCUGGAUCUCAGGACCAGAGAGGAAUGGAGGAGGACAACCAGAACCAGGAGCAGCGGAGCACCGAGGUCCCCAGAAGACCAGCAGCAGACUGGGACUCUGAUAGCAGCCAUGUUCAGGAGCCCUCAGCAGACAUCAAGCUGGAGACCGUAGCAGGAAAGAAGGGCAAGAAGGAAGAGGAGCAGCCUGCACCAAAAGUAGCAGCGGCACCACCACCAGCAGCAGCCGCCGCCACAGCAGCAGCAGUGAAGGAGGAGGAGGAGGAGCAGCCUGCAGCACCUCCGGCAGCAGAAGCAGCAGUGAAGAAGGAAGAGGAGGAGUAUGUGGUGGAGAAGGUUUUGGACUGCAGAGUGGUGAAGGGAAUAGUAGAGUUUCUGCUGAAAUGGAAGGGGUUCUCAGAGUAACUAUGAGUCUAUAAUAUUAAUACUUGGUGUUCUUGGUCCUGAGAUACAAAUUUUAUAUAGUAGCAUACAUUUCGGCAUUGUAUCAUGCCCUCAACGUUGAAGGUUUGGUAUUUUUACAUUAAGUUGCAGACUUCCAAAUAACAUUACAAAAUGGCAAUAGAAAAAAGGAAUAAUACGAAUUAACAAUUAGAGUGAGAAUUUAUUGCCUAAAAACAAAGCCUGAGGAGAUUUUCUUCUGUCUGCACUCACCUUUCCAGUGAGUAUAACACAUGGGAGCCGCAACACAACCUGGACUGCCCCGACCUUAUCACCGAGUACAUUUUAUUGAAAUUCAUGUAGUUCAAUGUCUUAUUGUACUCUGAAAUGAAAGAAUAAAACAAAUUAACAAUUUAAGUUAAAAAAGAAAUCAUGGAAUC